GAGAGACGGAGAGAGAGCAAGAACAAGAACAAGCUAGCGUCAAAACCGUGAGCCUGUUUACCAGAGACUAGACGCUGUCUUGCGACAUGGACGCCACGGAUGAAACCAACAUCUGAGCUUCGUCCCGUGGCUACGGUAUGUGAGUGUGAAGCGACAGGGACGUUAGCUCGUCGUGAGGACCGAGAGGACAUCUCUGGCUGUGAGCGAGCAGUCCGAACCUAAUCUCCGGAUGGUAGUCGCUCCGUGAACGCUGGUGAACCAUAGCGGCAACGAAACAAACCCCCCCCCCCCCUCCUCUGCUAAAACAGUGAGGACAGGAGAGAGAGACAGGAGAGAGAGACAGGAGAGAGAGAGACCAGCGGGCUGCCGGGAUGAAGUUCACAGAGCAUCUCUCCGCUCACAUAACCCCGGAGUGGAGGAAGCAGUACAUCCAGUAUGAGGCUUUCAAAGAUAUGCUGUAUGCCGCUCAAGACCAGGCCCCAUCUAUUGAAGUCACAGAUGAAGAUACAGUCAAGAGGUACUAUGCGAAAUUCGAGGAAAAGUUCUUCCAGACGUGUGAAAAAGAACUGGCCAAGAUCAACACCUUCUACUCUGAAAAGCUGGCUGAGGCUCAGCGGCGUUUCGCCACGCUGCAGAAUGAGCUGCAGUCCUCCCUGGACGCCCAGAGAGAGAGCGCAGCUAAUGCGCAGGGCCUGAGGAGGAGGAAGACAGUGUUUGCCCUGUCGCAGCAGGAGCGGUGUAAGCACAGAAACAUCAAGGACCUGCAGCUGGCCUUCUCUGAGUUCUACCUCAGCCUCAUACUGCUGCAGAACUAUCAGAACCUGAACUUCACUGGUUUCAGGAAGAUCCUAAAGAAGCAUGAUAAGAUUUUGGAGACAUCCAGGGGGGCUGACUGGAGGGUGGUCCAUGUUGAAGUGGCUCCAUUUUACACAUGCAAGAAAAUCACACAGCUCAUCUCUGAGACGGAGGCGUUGGUCACAACAGAGUUGGAAGGAGGAGACAGGCAGAAGGCCAUGAAGAGGCUGAGGGUACCUCCCCUGGGAGCUGCACAGCCUGCUCCUGCUUGGACCACGUUUAGAGUCGGACUUUACUGUGGAGUGUUCCUUGUCUUAAUGGUCACUGUGGUCAUUACAGGAGCUGUGAUGAUUCGUAGUGCUGAUGUGUGGCCCAUGGUCAGGAUCUACAGAGGAGGAUUCCUGUUAAUAGAAUUCCUCUUCCUGUUAGGCAUCAACACGUACGGCUGGAGGCAGGCAGGAGUCAACCAUGUGCUGAUAUUUGAACUCAACCCAAGAAACAACCUGUCCCACCAACAUCUCUUUGAGAUUGCAGGUCUGCUUGGGGUGCUGUGGUGCAUCAGCCUGCUGUCCUGUCUCUUCAGUGACAGCAUCCUGGUACCAAUGCAGGCAAACCCUCUGGCUCUCUACGGCUUUUUCUUCCUCUUUCUCAUCAACCCCUCCAAGACGUGCUACUACAAGUCACGCUUCUGGCUGCUCAAACUCUUGUUCAGAGUGGUGACAGCUCCGUUUCAUCGUGUUGGCUUCGCGGACUUCUGGCUGGCCGACCAGCUCAACUCUCUGGUGGUGGUUCUCAUGGACCUGGAGUACAUGAUCUGUUUCUACAGUUUUGAACUGGACUGGAAAAAACAUGAUGGACUCAUCAGAAGUCAAAGUAAAGACGUGUGUAACUCCUACUCCUACGGUGUCCGUGCGGUGAUCCAAUGCCUUCCUGCAUGGUUCCGAUUCGUCCAGUGUUUACGACGUUACCGUGACACCAAACGGGCCUUCCCUCACUUGGUUAACGCUGGGAAAUACUCAACGUCUUUCUUUGUUGUCACCUUCGCUGCCCUGUACAGCACACACAAAGCGGAAACCCACGCUGACACCCAGAUCUUCUUCUACUUGUACAUCGGCUUUUUAGUGGUCAGCUCAUGUUACACACUGGUCUGGGACCUGAAGAUGGACUGGGGCCUGUUUGACCGCAAUGCAGGAGAGAAUACCUUUCUGAGAGAGGAGAUCGUCUACCCACUCAAGGCAUAUUACUACAGUGCUAUAGUGGAGGAUGUGCUGCUGCGUUUCUCCUGGACUUUGACUCUCACCCUCAGCACAGUCUCCAAGUUUCAUGGCAUCUCUGAUAUUUUGGCUACUGUGCUUGCCCCGAUGGAAGUCUUUAGACGUUUUGUGUGGAACUUCUUCCGACUGGAGAACGAGCAUCUGAAUAACUGUGGUGAGUUCAGGGCUGUCAGAGAUAUCAGUGUGGCUCCACUCAAUGCAGAUGACCAAACCCUGCUCGAGCAGAUGAUGGACCAGGAGGACGGAGUGAGGAACCGGCAGGGCAAGAAGAGCUGGAAGAGGAGCUACAGCAUGAGUCUACGCAGGCCUCGCCUCGCCUCACAGUCCAAGACCCGUGACACCAAGGUUUUGAUAGAGGACACCGAUGAUGACUCCUGACAUCAGGCCACGCCCCUCGCCUGGGUCCAGAAUUUAUUCAAAGGAGGGAACUCCACCUCUUAACUGAGGAAUUACCCAGCGAGUCGGGCGUUAAAGAUUCAACAAGGACGAGUUUUAAACUCUCAUGCCUACAUAUUCCUUUCGAGGUUCAGAACUAAUUCAACAGAGGAACUUCUACAAACUUGAACAUACAACCACAGAUGGAAGGCCAUCAAACUCCUACUUCUACCUUCAAUAAGAACCAGGCGUGGGCUUGUCACCUUACCCAAGCAGCGGGUGACGAACCGGUCUCCCUGACACCCACAACCACAUAGAGGUGGACUCCACUUACUCCUUAGCCAUUGCUUUGAUUCUCCUCAAAGCCUCAGCCUAGCAUGAACAACGCAGCUCAAUGGAAUGCAAGCCGAUCACCCUGACAGGAAGUGUCCCCUGCUCCCUCUCGGUGCCACACAACUCACACUCAGGAAGAGGCCGACAGCUUAAAGUUGACUGCUGUUGAAAAGCUGAAAAGUUUUUCCCCCUGCUUUCAGCUGUUUGUCUCCUCCUACACGCCCUGUCUCCAGGCGACACUGAGAGAAAGGCCUUGAAUAAAUGAUGGACCAUUGUGCACCUCGAGAGACCUCAGGUCGACCCAUCAUAUGGACCCUUUUGUUUCCCUGUAGGAAAAUAAAAAGGGUUUUAAAGUCGUCCUCCUGUCCCCUCUCUGACCCUUGGCGUUUACGCUGGCCAACAGAAAGUGCCGAUGCCCAUUUAGACUGGCGUUGCUCUUCAGCUUGUCGCAUCAUCACAAAGCUGCCUACCUGCACCUUACAUGCUUUAGAAACAAACAAAAACAUGCACUUUGUAGGAAGAGUGAAUUGGAAGGCCUAUCGUGUGUUCUCUCACACACACACACACACACACACACACACACACACACACACACACACACACACAGAUUAUAGAUUAUUUGUAUUCAUCAUUGUAAAUAUGAAAUGGACCAAAGCAGGAGGCGGUGUGAAAAUAUAAAAUAUUGAGAAGAAAACUACUAUAAGGAACAGCAGCUGGAAUGACGCGGAGCUGGGAAGGAAUUUCACGUUUGUGUCAGAAAAAAGGAUCAUCGUUUUAACUGUCCUGCAGUAACUCCCUGUGUGAAGAAAUUUUCCCAUAGGAAAAGUUGAACCAUUUUUGCUGAAUGUAUGCAACGUAUUUAUGUAUGGAUGUGUGGGAGCGAUGCCUAAAUAUCACCUGUCAACCCGUUUAGUUGUCAGUAACUUCAAGAGAAGCGAAGACAAAUCGCGAGGAUUUUUUAUUUUGUGCCCUGAAAUCUUGAUAGAAAUAUUGAAUACUGUUUGAUUGAAAACUGCUGGUUCAUGAAAAAGUUAUUAUCGUCUGUGAAACUGGUUCAUUAAAAUGUGAUGUGAUGAUGGACAUGAUGAUGACGAUGAUAUAACGAGGGGAGCUCGCCUGUCUGUCACAGUCAAAAUGAUGGUGCAGUUAAACCUGAAUCUAAAUUGAGGGAUUGAAUCUGAAUGGUCGUGUUUACACUCAUGACGUACAUGCUUCAUACAACUCAUUCUUAACAUAUUUAAAUGUACAGUAUGCAUCCAGAUCAGUAUUUGGGACAAUUGGAGCCUAAAAUGUUUGAUAUCAUGGCUGCUUUUCCAAAAAAAAGAAAUUGCAACACUUGUUAGGAUGUUUUUAGUUAGUUUGCUGAAGUUAACAAUUAUCUAUUUCUUUUUAUAUUGUACAAAGCUUUCUCACAUGCUCAUGUUUGUAUUUCUACAGUCCUAAACAGUAGCCCUUUAUUUUAAUUGGAGACAUGCUCUUGUAUUCCUAAUUCUACAUUGUCACAACACUAAUCCCAUUAGUAGAUUUGCAGAGACAUGUCUAACUCACCACCCACCCUCAAAUCUCUAACAGAAGGGCCAUUAUUAUUCAACCACUUCACUUCAGUCCUUUGCUUUUUUUUUGUUUUGACAGAUUAACAUCAGUCAGGAAAAACUGAAAAAUGAAGAUGAAUGUAUGGAGGACAGAAAGAAACUGAGCCUGGACAACAGGCUCAGUUUCUCCCUUUUUUGGAAAGUGUCCACCUGCAGCAGCACUUUGUGUGUGCUGCUAAUUGAUCACAAUCAAAUCCUCUGCUGUGCUUUGGUAGAGACAGGAAGCUGUGAUUACACUGGAGAAAAUGUUUUCUAAAUGUUUUAAUAGAGUUUAGUCUCUUUUAUUUUCACAUUCCAGAGGUUCACACACCUCUUCUUAAAGGAAAAGCAUUUUAGCUGGUAACACUGAUGUCCAGAGUGAGCUGUGAGAAGCUUUGUUCACAAACAGAGCCUCUGACUGAAGGGAGGGUGGUGGGUUGAAGCAGUGGAUACUUUAUCUACACGUUCCCCUGGUGUGUAAGUAAAUCGUACAGAAUGAAACUGGUGAAAUCUAAGCCAGAUCAUCUGUGCUGGUUGCAGAUGUCUAUAGGAAUUCAAGAAACAUGUAAAUCCACACACGUGUGUGUGUGUGUGUGUAUGUAUAAAAUCUCUGUUACAUAGAAAAACAUGCCCUUCAAUCACCUUACACUAGACCGAACUUUACUCUACCUUUACCCUAACCCCAUUUAAAGUACAACCUAAUCUUACUAUGAUCUAACCCUAACCUCCCAAAACCUAACCUUACGUUAACCUAAACUUUAUCUUAACCUUGACUUCAACCUAACCCAAAUCUUACAUUAACCAAAACCUUGACUUUAACCUAAACCAAACCGUAUGUCAACCUAAACCUUCUUGUACAUAUACUUUAAUCAGAGUUUUGAAGUGCAGCUGUUUCUCGCUGCUUUCUGUCUUCUAAACAUUCCAGCACACAUACUCAUUCCAUACUCUCAUUUUCUUCUUCCUCAGGUUUUCACGUAGACGUGUCUUCCUCCAGUAGUUUGUGACAAACAGCAUUCCACUGCGACACAGUAGAUGUGAGAAGAUUUGACCUCAGGUCACAGUAAGUGUAUUGGUCUGUUCUUUCAAAACCAUACCCUAGACUGAUAACGGUGUUACAUUUCUGUACAUAUAGUUCAAAUACUUUUUUCUUAACACACAGUUUGCAGUUCUCUUUUUACAUUCCAUUGAAUACCUCACACUCCAUCACACGCGACCACCACACUGAUCUGCAAAGAUGUUUGACACUGACAGACUGGUGAAGCCAUCCCCCCUUUUCCUGAUAUCAGUCAAUCCACAGCUAGAUGGCAGCGCUGGGUAUCCAGCCUCGCAAUUAUAUUUGUGUCACAAAGUAACAAGCUGACAGUGAAUGUCUGGUCAAAUUGCUGAUUUUCAUCUCUUACCCUUUGUUCCGAUACUUCCUGAGUUCUGUCCAAAUUGUACCCACUUUGGAACAACUGCUUGUGUUUAGACAACAUUUAACAAUUAAUAGUGAGGUGUUGAAAAAAGGAACUAAAAUUCUCGAUACCCAGUACCAGUCCAGACUGGUGGAGCCUUCUGGGUCAAACAGAAGUGCAUUCAGAAUGUCUUAAGGUUUGUUAAUAUGACUCUGUUGUCAGCACACCUAUUUCCCAACAUUUUACAGUGCACCACUUGUUUGUGACCUUGAUUUCAUCAGUUGCUUCACAACAGAGAUACACGUUAUGCUUCAUGGAAGAACUUCUUCAUGCUCUUAUCCCAAACUCCACACACUUUGUAACAUUAAUGAAUGUUACAAAGUGUUCCAUGUCAGAUUCACCAAACUUUCUGUACAAGACAAACAUGUAAACUGUUCAUGUGGCGUUGUCAUAUCAUCCUUAGCAUAAUCAUUGUCAUGUCAUCCUUAGCAUAAUUGACUUUCCACGCGUGUGUGUGUGUUGAAGAGCACUCGACUCCAGUAUGGAAAACAUUUAGAGCUGUAGUGAAGCAGUUUUGAAGAUUUGGGUCAGAAUCAAGUUGUGUGAUUCAGUAUAAAGUCCUCUAAUAUUGGAAAUAGACAGUUAUGCUGAAGAAUCUAAAUCUACUCUGGGGAGAGCGACUGGCAGCUCCAGGGUUUUCUGUCUGAUCUGUCUGAUCUGCGUCAGCAGGACAACAGGGUUGUUGCUGAAGCCUGAGCUGAGCUCAGGUUCCCAAGGCAACAGUGUCCACUCCACAGGUCUCGGCUGUUCCAGAUGCCAUGUUGUUGCAAACCUCUUUAUUCCUCAAGUGAAAGGUUGUGUUUUCAUAAGUCUGAUCUUUAAAGAUAUUUAGUGUUUGGUGAGCCCCACCCUGUAAGGACCGGCCACCAGCUCUGUCGUAUACACCCACUCACCAGUCAUCCUCUUCCAGUCCUCAGUGGACCACCGGGCCUGGAGCAUGGAGCCUCUCAGAGGACGAGGGUCUAUUUUGGACAUAAAGCCAUGCUGUUGAUACAAUCAUAUUGUCUUUGUACACCAUGAGCUUGUUUGUUUUGUUUGUUUUGUUCUAAUUGACUCAGAUGAAACGAUGCUUGAUGAUCUGAGACUCUUUAUGUUCACUUGCCCAAAGCCUAUCAGCGUGGAACAAACACGACCUCGACCUGGAUCAGAAUCCUCUGAUAUCCACAUAGUGUGACCCAGAGCUGUUGAUUAUACAAUACAUUAUAUACUGAUGACCAUAUUGAUUAGAAGCAUUGUAUAAUCGGUGACUGUUGUGGCUGUUGUCUUGUAUUUACAGUAGCAGUGUGAUGCUACGGAGGUGCCUGGUUCACCAACCCCUGUUACACAUUUUAAAUAAAAACAGCUCAAACAUG